UUAUUAUGUUUCCUAUUAUGCAAAGUCCACUAUUGGAGCUUUCAUAUUUUGGUUAGAAAAUAUUUUUUUAAGUAGUUUUAAACGUCAUCAUUUUACAAAAUCAUUGAAGCCUGAAAAAAUAUAUGAUUUGUGUUAAGAGCCUCUCAAGAACAUUAGAUAAAAUUGUCGUUUCUGUAUUUUUUUUUUUUUUGCGUCCCACCAAGAGUCAAUCGUCUGAAAUCGUAUUACUCCGCCGCUAAAACACUAGUCCACAAGAUGAUACAUCUGUUGAGUUUUGCUAUUUCCCCCACAGACGCGUUGAUUAACGAACAAAUAUUAAGAGAGAUUAGCUUUUUUAGAUCUGACCGAAAAAUAACGCGGGGAUGGCGGAGAACGCAGUCAUAAACCAAAGCAUAAAUAAGAUCCGGUUGGACGGACAGGAAGCGAGGAGACACUCAUGGCGCCCGACUGAAAAGAACCAACCAUUAUUAGUUCCCAUUUUGAGCUCUACUUAGCGCUUCUACGCUAAACGACACUCGUCUACACGAAGAUUCACGUUAUGGAUGCAGAGGACAAUGAGGUGGAGAGCAGCAGUGAUGCAGGGCCUUCAGGGAUGGAGGAGCCGUCUGAAAGUGGGAUGGGUAUGGAGUCAUCCGAGGCCAUGUCCGCAGACAGCAGUGAUGCUGCUGCCCCCCAUGCGCCCGCCCCAGAGUCAGACUGUCACGUGGGACAGAGCUCAGAGGGACUUGUGGUGUUCAUUCCAGAAACCAGCUCCAGUACCGAUGUCAGAGUUUCAUCAGUCCACCUCCCAGACUCGUCCUCCAUUGCUCCGUCCACCAGUGUGUCCACUGUGACCCAGUCAGUGCUGGUGUCUGAAUCAGCACAAGUGCUGGUCCACUCCAGCGCCGUGUCAGAAGGAGCCAUGGUGGUUUCUGACUCCACAGCCUCCACUUCAUCCGAUCUGGGCUCUGCCAUUGAUAAGAUCAUAGAAUCCACUAUUGGCCCUGAUAUAAUGAAUGGAUGCAUAGCUGUGACCAGUGCAGAAGAUGGAGGUGCAGAAACUACACAGUAUCUGAUACUACAAGGACCAGAUGAUGGAGCUCCUAUGGUGGCUCAGAUGUCAUCCUCCUCUUUCUCCAAUCGUGUGGCCAUUGAAGCUCUCCCUGAAGGUCCAACAUCCACCUGUCUGGAUCAAGGAGACCUGCAGGGCAGUCUAGAACCCGACCAGCCCGACGAUCGGCCCGGAUACUCCGGUUACCCAGAGGACAGCAGCAGUCAGCCGGACCAACCCCAACACUCCCAUCCCUCCCAGUACAUGGACUGCAGUGCAGAUGGCCCAGACCAGACAAAGGAGUCCUCCUCCUCCUAUGUGCAGUGUUCGGUUGAAGAACCUGACCAGACCCGCUCUCAGUCGAGCUUUCCGGACUACAGUGGGAAUAACAGUGAUCAGGACAUGCUGGGGUAUGUGGAAUGCAGCGGGGCGGACUCGAAUCCAACCAGCCGCAGUCACUAUGUGGUAGAAUGCAGCAAUGGGUAUUUUGAGUGUGUAAUUAAUGACGGAGAGAAGCCGCAGCACUCCCGCCAUUACAUUGACAGCAGCGCAGACCACAAGACCCAGACAAGACGACAAUACGGGGCUGAUUACAGUGGAGGAUGUGCGGACUCUGAGCAGCCAGGAUGUUCCAGGUACCAGUCAAGAGAUGAAGACGACGAGCAAAACCAGGACCCCGACCAGCCACAGCACUCUCAGCAGCAGCCCCAGCACUCCUGUUACAUGGAGAACAGCAACGGGCCGGAGGCGUCUGUCUAUGCUGAUGACAGCUGCUCCUCAGAGCCCCCGCAGGCAGACACCGCUGGUUCUGGUGGACUCCCCGAGGCUCUGGAGUGCAGUGAAAGCCAAAGUGGGAUCUAUAUUAGCAGCAGUGGCACAUACGUGUCUUUUCUGCUGGCCCAGCAGAGCUCUCCUCGACAGGAAGAGCCCCAAGGUUCCCACGACGAUGCCGAACAGUCCAGAGAUGCGAAAACGCCACCUGCAGCUGAGGGUUCUGGAAGCCAGCCACCGAACCUGGCUGAGCUAGAGGACCUGAUGGAGGUGGUCAUCGUACAGCAGUUCAAGUGCAAGAUGUGUCCGUACAAGAGCGCCUCCAAGGAUACGCUCAUCAACCACAUGAAGGACAAGCACUUCAAACCUGCAGGAGAACCAACGAAGAAGCGUAAACGUGGACGUCCUCCUAAAAGUGAAACUUUAGCCCGUCAGAAAGCAGAGAGGGAGGCGGCGGAGGAGAGGAGGGCAGCAGAGAUGAAGGCUGCUCAACCUCAAAAAGCAGAAGAGGAAGAGGAUGAAGUCGUUGAUGCUGGCGCUAUUGAUGAUCCUGCAGAGGACAGUGACUACAACCCUGUUGAUGAUGACGGCAAAGGACGACCUCCAGCUAUUUUGAAGAAACCCUCUACUCCCAUCUCCUCCUCUUCCUCCUCCUCAUCUUCCUCGUCCUCCUCAAAGGGACGACCUCGGCGAAAAGUGGGCCGUCCAAGAAAGUACUGUGUUUCUGAUGAAGCCCACAGCGGUAAAGAAGCAGAGAGCGUCGACACCAAUCCAGUUGGAGAUCCUAGCACCCCUGAGGAGGCUAGCUCCUCUGGUUUGGGUAACUCUGCAGAGAUGCUGUCUCUCGGAGACAAAGCUGAAGCAGCGAUAAGCCAGUCUGACUCUGAGAACAAAGACCCUUCAUCCAACUCGCAGCCAGAGGAGGAGUUUUUCCCCAAAAAGCGUGGCAGACCAUCCAAGCGCUUUUUACGCAAGAAAUAUAAGAAAUACAUUAAUCGAAAUCGCUACUAUAAGUCCUUCAAGCCUCUCCUGCGACCCCACAACUGCUGGAUCUGUGGCUCCCGGUUCCUAACUCAGGACGAUUUGCGCUUUCAUGUGAACUCCCACGAAGGCAAUCACCCGGAGUCUUUUAAAUGUCUGAAGUGCAACUAUCGCUGCAAACGCUGGUCCUCCCUCAAGGAACACAUGUUCAACCAUGAAGGCACAAAGCCUUUUAAAUGUGAGGAGUGUGACUACACAAGCGUCUACCGGAAAGACGUCAUCCGACAUUCAGUGGUUCACAACAAAGACAAGAAAAGAAAGACUGAGUUGGCACCAAAGGUGUCGGAGUUCCCCUGCCCCGUGUGUGGCCGAGUUUACCCCAUGCAAAAGAGGCUCACCCAGCACAUGAAGACCCACAGCUCAGAGAAACCACACAUGUGUGACAAGUGUGGAAAAUCCUUCAAAAAGCGGUACACAUUUAAAAUGCAUCUGCUGACCCACAUCCAGAGUCUUGGAGAAAACAAGUUUAAAUGUGAGUUUUGCGACUAUACGUGUUCGAACAAGAAGCUGCUGCUCAAUCAUCAGCUGUCCCACACCAACGACAGACCCUUCAAGUGUGACUACUGUAAAUACUCCACAUCCAAAGAGGAGUUUCUGGUCUCCCACCUGGCUAUUAAGCACACAGGAGAGAAACCUUUCUCCUGCGACAUGUGUCACUUCACGACCAAGCACAGGAAGAACCUGAGGCUACACGUGCAGUGCCGCCACCCGGAGGAGUUCGAAGACUGGUGCGUGGCUCACCCUGAGGAGCCUGUGAUGAGGCGACGAAGACCUUUCUUCAGCCUGCAGCAGAUCGAAGAUCUCAAACAAAAGAACGACGAAACACAGGAUUUGCAAAAUACUAUAGUCACAGUGGAUUCUGCAACCCUGCAGGCCAUGCAGGGGAUGGAUAAAGCUUCAGUGUCUCAGGACGCUUUAGGAAACACUACGAUCAUUUAUGAACAGACCGAAUCCUCUGACCUCUCUCCUCAUAACGCCCUGGACCUGCUGCUGAACAUGAGCAACGCUCGAGAACUAGUAGGAAACGGCUUACAGGUAGCAGUGCUGAAGUCGGAUGGAAAAACGUUGGAAAAUGGGUUGAGUUCUGUAGCAGCAGCAGGUCAGACGCAAAAGAUCGUGACCUUCCACGUGUCUGAGAAUGGAGAGACGGUGCUGCAGGAGGCCUACGAGGCCGCCACCUCGGAAGCAGGAGAGCUCACCCACAUCGCCAUCGAAGCCUGUGAGGCGGCGGAAGAUUUCAGCGUGGAGGAGCAAGCUGCUACAGAAAUACACAACCCCACUUACAGUAACGGAGAGAACAGUUCUCAGAUUCUAGAAGUCUCUGGAUCUGAGAGCCUGAAAGGGGACAAGUACUAUCUGACUUCUGCUCUGGCUGAUGGCAUCCUGCAACAAGUGGAGCUGAGCAGCGAAGCUCCAGCUUCUCCUUCUGCAGUGGGCUCUCCCGGCCUCGGCACAAAGAGGUUUUCCUGUCGCAUCUGCAUGGAGUCCUUCCACGGACGCUCCGACAUGGAGAACCACAAGAGGGCGCACUUGGAUCCCAACACCUUCAAGUGUCCAGACUGUGACUUCACCUCCACCUCCUGGCCUGAAGUGAAGGCUCAUAUGGGGCAGCAUUCCUACCUGCGUCCUCAUAAGUGCUCAAGCUGCAGCUUCGCCUCAAAGAACAAGAAAGACCUACGGAGACACAUGAUGACCCACACCAACGAGAAACCAUUUACUUGUAACCUUUGUGGUCAAAGGUUCAAUCGUAACGGGCAUCUAAAAUUUCACAUGGAGCGCCUCCACAGUCAGGAUCCUUCCACUCGCAAAGGCCGCGCCGCCACGCCUCAACAAACCAUCAUCGUGCAGAGUGAUGAGGAGGCUUUGGCCACGCUGCAGUCCCUGCAGGCACAUCAGAGAGUGAUCACUCCAGAGGAACUGCAGGCACUGGGACAGGAUCACAUAGUUGUAGCUCAGGAUCAGGCCAUGUCUGACCAGGAGGAAGGUGCAUACAUCCAACAGAUAACCACCAUCGAUGGGCAGACAGCAGUUCAGCAGCUUGUGACCGGAGACAACCAGGUGACUGAGUACAUAAUCUCACAGGACGGAGUGCAGCUCUUGAUCCCUCAGGAAUACGUAGUGCUAGCGGAUGGUAACCACAUACAGAUGCCAGACGGACAGAUCAUCCAAUACGAGCCGGAGCAACAAAUCGCUGUUAGUCAUGAUGGUCAGAUCCAGUACCUGCCAGUCAACUGUGAACAACAGAUAGUGAAUCCUGAAGACCUUGAAGCUGCUGCUCACUCUGCUGUUACAGCUGUCGCAGACGCAGCCAUGGUGCAGACGCAGACCGUCUACACCGAAGCCACACCCGAGCAGCUGGAGCAGCUGCAGCAACAGGGCGUCCAGUACGACGUCGUGACUUUCUCCGAGUAGAAGCAUCAAAGCCUGUGGAACGGGACAAACAGAAACCACUAAAAGUGGUGGAACGGUGACCUCAACUUUUACAUGCAUUCAUGCAUUCACCCGGCUGUGAAUAAAGCCUCCUCUCCUCUGCAGCGUCAUCUGCUCAUGGCAGCAGCUUUUUGUAAACACACAUUAUUGCAUCAUUUAUUUAAAGAGGCGAUGCACUUAGGAAUUCAGUUCAACUGGCUUUGUCUGACCUGCAGUUUUUCAGACUUUAUGUGCCUCCGCAGCUUCGACUUGCAAGACAAUGUUAUUCAAGGAAAUGUACCUGAAUGUUUUAGGAAAUUUAUGAUGUUUUAGUUUUUGAGUGGAACAAAACAAAAAGAUAAUGUUUAUUUUUGAGCUAUUAAAACGUUGCUACUUGUGUCGCUGCUGCAGCUUUGCGGAACAUUCUUGUAAAUAUAUUCUUACGUUUCCUUCAUGUUUUGAUUUGAUGUGUAAAAAGUGUAAAUUAAGAUAAAAGCUGACGCCAAAUAAACCACUCUGUGUACAUGAGCGUAUAUCCCAACGUGCCUGCAUCUCUGUACUCCUAAUCGUUUCUUCUUAUUUUACUCUAAUAAACUUUUAUAGCUCAGCAGUCAUUUUGA